UGAGGUUUCAGGCGGAGAACCGCGCGAGUCUGCCAGGUACUAAAGGAAUCCUUACCAUGACUUUGACAUGGGCCACGCGCACAGAGUUUGUGGCAUCGCCUUCAGCGUACUCUAUUGUUCAACCAUUUGGCGGUGGCAUUGCAAAUGCAAACGCUGGAGCCACUUUGGCUUUGGCGGUUCCAAGCUCAGUCUCGCCCUUGGUCAUUUCCUUUCCAACCUUCGCAGAGACUUACUCGGCAUGUCAAGAGGACAUGCACCUCCAGCUUUCCUUGAUGAGGUGCCGAAAGUCUCACGACUUUUCGCUUUUCAUUCCAAUCAAUGAGUUCUCCUCAACAGCCGCGGCGGUGAUAGGUGACGUGUAAAGUGUCAAUGUUUCUUGACCAACAUGGCUGGCUCAAGAGUGUUGUAGCUUUGCAAGUCUUAGAGCCCAAUUGUCAUGGGAACUGGACCGAUACCUGUG